UGUCGCAACUGACAAUGAAUUGUUGGAGUUCCACUAAGCGCCACAUUCACCCGCCACAACUAUGCGAGUUACGCUUUCAAUCGCCCCAAGAUUACUACGCGAAUGGAGAUUCUGCUGGAAGGUGUUAGGCAAUCCAGCUUCGGCAAGAGGCAGAAACUCCUACAAUGGCGUCAUCGGAGCUCGGGAACGAGGUUCAGCCCAGCCAGCUUCUCCUGUCUGAUGAGGAGAAGCGCGUCCUAGAGCUCUACGACCGGCUGCGACAAAUUCAGCUUGAGCUAGCUCUGCUGAAAGCACAAAAGAACUACAGCCCCGGCCAACCGGCAUCUGGUAACGUAGAGGAAGCCCAGAACGCGCUACUCAAAUCAAGGGCGAAAUACGUCCUCCGCAAUAACAUAGCGGACUGCGUGAUGAUGGCCAACCCCAUCUUACAGGCCGUUCACAAUGGCAUAAAUGCGUCUCCCAUCGAAAAGGAUCUGUUGCCCCUUCUUAUAGCGCGGGAUGACUCUUCAACUACUCUCGCGCAGCAAACCACCGAUUUGCGACAAACCCUCGACCAACUCAUGGAGAUAGAGAGCCAGAGCUUGCAAAUCAGUCGGGAGAAUGUGCAACUUGCAUCUGAGGUCCUCAAACUUGCUGAAGAGACCAACCGGAGCAAAACCGCGCCUAUUGCUGAUCCAGGGCACGCUGAGGAAAUUGCGAGACUGGAAGCUGAGGUGAGGGCUAGUCGAAAGAGAUGGAGGAUCAUGAAGGGCACCGCGAGCGCCAUCGUUGCCGGCAGUGGGGUGGACUGGGCUAGGGAUGACAGGCUAAAAAGCAUUGUGCUUGAUGAAGAAGAGGAUGUCUAACACUGGUGUUGGAUACGAUGACCAUAUUUGAGGCUUCGGAGUUAGAUGCGGUGGUGUUUUGUUAAUGAUACCCGGUUCGGAUCGACUUGUUUCGUUAAAGAGGCUACAUGUGCCUGCCAUGCCUUGUGGGAACUCAUCUACGUGUGGUAGGCCAUUGGCCAACUAUUGUUUUCAAGUAUGG